AUGGACAAAAAGAGUAAAAAGAAAACUGUUAUUAAACGGAAAAGUGACGAACCGACUGAAAGUGAGAAGAAACAAAAGAUAAUGGUGAAUAGAAAAAAUGAGGAGAAAGAAAAAGUGGAAGUGGUGAAUCAAGUUGUAGAGGUACCAGUAGAGCAGGGUCAACAGAUUGUACACACAGGACAGCUGGUUGAGGGUAACUUUGAGCAAUCUGUGUUCGUAAACAUGAAGGGAGAACCAGUGCAGCUGGGCCCAAAUACUGUUAUUCUUUACGAACAGAGCGGCAAUCCGUCAAAUUUCGCAUUUGGUGGCAUGUGGACGGUAGAUCCUUCUGGGCGGAUCGUUAUGGCAGAGACGAUAUACGAUGUGAAAGGGGAGCCUGAAGAAGAAAACGCCAAUUUUGUACAGAGCAACACAGAAGUCAGUACACAACAAGUGGAAGAGCAACAAAGUACAUACCAGCAGUUUGAAAUCAGCAGUGGGGCUCAGGUUGAGGGCCAACAAGAGUAUGAAGUUGCCAUAAUUGAGAAUCCACCUGCGGAGACCACGGAAAGAAGCACUGAAUCUCAAAUCGUGACAACUGAGGAACAGCUGGUGGCCGUUGGCACUGGUGCUGUGCGCUGGCUCAAUCAGAAAUGUGACUUUGUUGUUAGGAAACUACAGUUAAAUUAUGAUGCUGGUGUUAAAUUAUUACAUUCACAAUCUGGCUGCAUACAAUGUGUGUACCUCACCACAUCGAAUAUGCAGCUGGCAUUCAAUGCUGUGCCUCAGUUUUUAUGUAUAGAAACAGGUAUUGAGUUCAACAGCACAAUACCGACUGUGGGUGGGACAGGCACUCCAGCUAUCAAGCACAAUGUCACUCUGUUCCUAGCUGAAGAUGGUAACGGGAAAUCUGUUAUCGUCAGUGCUGGUAUAUCAACUCUCAUCGGUGACGAUCUGACGUGGCUGUUGGAGACUUUCAAAUCGUGUAACCCGGCGUGGAGGCAAGUCAGAUGCGUCGUCUGCGAUCCGACUAAGUCCCAACAGGCGGUGCGCGGCGCGUUCCCGUCGGCGCACGUGACGUGCUCGGUGUGGCAGGCGGCGCGGGCGGCCGCGCGCCUGUGCGUGGAGGUUGCGCGCGCGCACGACGCGGUGCUGCCCGCCGACGACGUCGCCGCCAGGGUCAAGACCUACGCGCUCGCCCUGCUGCGGGGAGACCACGCCGCUCCACAGCUGCAGGCGUUAAAACGCGGUAUAAUCGGCACGGGUGCAGGUACCCUGCGGCUGUGGGAGCUGAUGACGAGGCCUAACGGUGUCAUGGCUAAACUCGACACGUGGCUCGAAGCCGACAACUACACGAAUAUAUUGCACAAAGGUCUAGAACGGUUAGUGACGAAGUUCCAGUCGCUUGUCCGAGAUCACGUGCAGUCUGAUGAGUUCGUCUCCCUAUUCUUCAACGUAGCCAAUCAGCUGGAGAACGAGAGGAGGACCUUCGCGCUCAGCAGAUUAAGAGAAACAGAGAACCUUAAGCAGUCACCAACAGACACAAUUACGCAGUACGCGUAUAAUUUAAUGUCUCACCAAACCAAACUAGCCCAAAAGUGCCUCGACGAUAGAGCUGGCAGAAAACACAGUAGCGCCGCCAUCUGCAAAUACGGCACUUCAACGCAAGAGUGUUCGUGUUUAUUUAGCAAAGUGUUCAGAUUGCCGUGUAGGCAUAUACUUAUGUUAACUACUGAAUUGAAGGUCAAAACACACAUACCGUUUGAACCGCGGUGGACAGUGCAGCACUGUCUCUUCGGGUGUGAAACGGUCACAUCUAACUCCACUACAAGUACAACAAGUGGCAACACGUUCAUGGAGCAAGUUGUGGUAGAAACAGAAGACCAACAUCGACAGACAAUUCAACAACAGCCUCAACAAAUACAUCAGGUGGGUGGUGUAAGACAGCAGCAAUAUGUUCUGGCUACUCCUGGACAGCCGGCGACCCCUGUUUCACAAGUGAUAUUCUGCGGCGGCGGAGUGGGCGGGGUGGGGUCGGUGCCGGCCGUGUCGGGCGGCGCGCCCGUGCUCACGUCGGUGCUGCCCCCCGGCGGCGCCGUGCUCACGCCGCACCACGCGCUGCACCACUGA